AUUUCUCCGUCCAAAACCCGCAGACACACUAUCGCGCUCCAGCCUCUUCUUCUCCUCCUCGGUGCAGGCCGGCAGGUCCAAACAGCAGCAUGACUCUAGAAACCCGCAGAGACACUUCAGAGCAGGAGCCGGCUGAAAACACGGAGGGCCGAGUUGUGAAGAGAGGCGGGGUGUUUCGCUCCAUGCUCCGCGGCGUCCUCUGGCCUUUCGGCAUCGUGGUGCGGGCAUACCGCGGGUUUUGGUGGGUGCUGGGUUACCGGCAGCCACAGGAGAAAGUCCUGGUCACCCCCGCGGUUACCAGCCCCGCACGUCAGAGCCUCGCCGGCCGCAAGCGCCUGCGCAGGGUCACCCGGCUGCUGCUGUCCAUCCUGCCCCGGUGGCUGCAGGGCAGCCUGGGAUACCCGGUGUCCAGCAGCAUUGGGCGCUCCCUCUCACCAGAAAUCCGAGUAUCUCCUACUAAACCUUGUGGAAAAGGCAGCAAGAGAAAGCAGGAUGAGUUGGACGAGGAUGAGGAGGAAGAUCAUCAGACCUGGGUGGAGGCUCUCAGUCAGGAGCUCGCAGAUGAAGACCCAGAGGAGGAUCCUGACUAUGAGCCCAGCACUGUAGAGACGGAGAGUGAAGAGUACCGCUCACACAACAACACAGAAAGCGACCUUGACAUUCAGGAGAAAGGCGUGGUCAUUAUUGAAGAUGUGAACACGGGUGUGACGCCAUGUGUUCCGUCUGAAGCCUCUUGUCCUGCUGUUUAAUGUGUCAUAUUGACAAUGUUGUAUGUUCAGUGUUUUCCAUGUUUAUAUUUCAAUAAAACGUCCUUUUGCCUUGA